AUGGAUCACGAGAUCACAAAUACCGACGUCCCCGUCGGCCGCAUGGACGACCUCGAGCUUGAGGCGGCGGGCUACAAGAGGGUCAUGCCACGACAGUUCUCUCUGUGGUCUCUUGGCGCCCUUUCCUUCACUCUGACUUGCACCUGGUUAGGAGCCGGAUCCUCUAUCGGAAUCAGUUUGACGGAAGCCUCCUCUGCUGGAACACUGUGGUCACUGCCUAUCGCCGGAUGCAUGACUAUGGUGGUCGCCGCUGGAAUGGCAGAGCUGGCUUCAGCAUAUCCCGUCGCUGGCGCGCAAUACUACUGGUCCUUCAUGGUGGCCAGCGACAAGUACAAGCCGUUUGCAUCAUUCCUCAAUGGAUGGAUCAGUAUUCUUGGUUGGUGGCUUGGAGCUGCUUCGGUCGCCAACUUUGUGGCAUCAAUGAUUCUGGCAAUCGUGACUGUCUGGUAUCCCAAUUAUACUCCACAGCACUGGCAGCAAUACCUGAUCUACGUUGGACUCACCUGGCUGGCGGUCGCCAUCAACGUGUUCGGGUCUGGUUUUUUGCCUCUCUUUAACAAGAUGAUAUUUGUGUUGGCUGUGGUGACGCUCACAUCCACAAUGAUCACGUUGUUCGUCGUCGCCCGCGACCACCACGCCUCGGGAUCAUGGAUCUUUUCCGACAACACCAACAGUACUGGCUGGUCUAGUGAUGGGUGGGCAUUUAUGCUGGCGAUUGGCAACGCCGUGUACAGCUAUCUCGGGUCUGACUGCGGUGCUCAUUUGGCGGAAGAGAUUGACAAUCCCUCGAAAAAUGUGCCCAGAGUCAUCUUGUACCCUCUCGCAAUGGGAUUGUUGACUGCCUUUCCCUUCACUGCGGCACUCAUGUAUUCCAUCACCGACCUUGAGGCCGUUCUUGACACUGUUACUGGGUUGCCCUUGGUCGAAAUCUAUUACCAAGGUACCGGUUCCUACGCGGCAGCCUCUGUCCUCAUGGCCAUCUUUGCCUUCUGCUUCUUUGCAAAUCUUGUGGCUAAUGCAACAACGUGCUCCCGAACUCUCUGGGCAGUGUCUCGAGACAACACUUUCCCUUAUUCGCACAUAUGGGCCCAUGUGCAUCCCAGGUUCAAGAUGCCUCUCAACGCCAUGGUACUUUCUGGAAUCUGCAUUUCGAUCUACGGCGUCAUCUUCAUUGGUUCAUCCACCGCUUUCGCCGCCAUGGUCAGCGCUGCGAUCAUCUUCCAGCAGACCUCUUGUAUCAUCCCACAAGCUAUCCUUCUCUAUCGAGGUCGCGACAAGGUUUUGCCUGAGCGAUACUUCAACCUCGGAAGACUUGGGCCUUUUGUCAACGGGCUGGCGGUUGCUUGGGUGUGCUUCUUGAACGUCCUAUACUGUUUCCCUACGACCAUGCCCGUGACGCCACAGAACAUGAGCUAUGUGUCAGUGGUGACGGUGGGACUGGUUGGCUUUGUGGUGAUUUUGUGGUUUACGACCAAGAGAGGAGUGUUUACCGGCCCACAUAUCGAUUUUGAACUGCUCAAUCAAAGGCGGAACGAAGCCCUUCACGCCGGUGUUUACAUCAUUGAUGGAAACAAUGUUGACGGGAAUGAUUUCAAGCGCCAGGGUCAGGAUAGUAAGGGCGAGUUCUAA